CGGUGGUUACUUUCCUACAUUCUGUUUCGAUCCUUGCUCGUCUCUCUCACCGUCGCUGAUCUAAGCAUCACAGUCACUUGCUUUCGGGAUCGAGGGAAGGUGACUCUCCACCGAGAACGAUUUUCGCUGCCUUUUCUUUCCCGCCCUUCCUUCCACCGUCGCCAUUCGUUUAUUCGUUUCUCUCCUACUUUCGUCUUCGUUUCGGAGUUCCGACUGAUGUUGGCUAUGUUUUAUUAGUAAGCUGUUGAAGUUUGUAUAGUGCAAUCCUCUGCAGGUGAAGGCAAGAUUCGAAGAUGUUGUGGGUGGACAAGUACAGACCCAAAACCCUAGCCAAAGUGAUCGUUCAUGAAGACAUCGCCCAAAACCUCAAUAAACUAGUAGCCGAGCAGGAUUGCCCUCAUUUGCUCUUCUAUGGCCCUUCUGUGUUUGGGAAGAAAACUCUAAUCAUGGGUUUGCUCCGUCAAAUAUAUGGCCCUGGUGUUGAAAAGGUGGAGAAUAGGACAUGGAAAGUCGAUGCUGGCAAUAGAGCAAUUGAUCUCGAGUUGACUACAUUAUCAACUGCAAACCACGUGGAAUUAUGUCCUAGUGAUGCGGGCUUCCAGGAUAGAUAUAUUGUGCAGGAUGUUAUCAAAGAGAUGGCCCGGAAUAGGGCAAUUGACUCGAAAGGAAAGAAAACAUUCAAGGUGGUAGUGCUUAAUGAGGUUGACAAGCUUUCAAGAGAGGCUCAACAUUCUCUACGAAGAACUAUGGAGAAAUAUAGCACUUCCUGCCGGCUAAUUCUCUGCUGUAACAGUUCUUCGAAGGUUACUGAAGCUAUUCGUUCCCGUUGUCUGAAUGUUCGAAUAAAUGCUCCUGCACAGGAACAGAUAGUUAGGGUCUUGGACUUUAUCGGGAAGAAAGAAGGGCUGGAAGUUCCACCUGGAUUUACUGCUCAUAUUGCUGAAAAAUCAAAUCGAAGUUUAAGGAGAGCCAUACUCUCAUUCGAGACUUGUCGGGUUCAACAGUACCCUUUCAAAAAUUAUCAAGAAAUCUCUCCAUUGGAGUGGGAAGAGUAUGUUUCCACCUUAUCCUCCGACAUAAUGAAGGAGCAGAGUCCUAAAAGAUUGUUUGAGGUUCGAGGAAAGUUGUAUGAGCUACUAGUCAACUGUAUUCCUCCUGAGAUUUUGUUGAAGGCGGAGAUAACACCGACGAGGUGCAGAAGUCGGAUUCAGCAAAAAACAAUUAAGACUAGGUGAUUGAGUGUGAAUGAAAAUCUUAAAGUGCUGAUUGUUUUGGGGUUUCAUAAGUAGAUAGUAUGAGGAUGAGGUUGAUGGAAGACGAGUUCGUUGAAUCCAGUCUGAGGUUGAUAUGCUGUGAUCCAAAUCUCUGGUGGGCAUGCACAGAAAAUUGCCCAUUAAGAAAUUUGGUGUUCCAGUUACACGGCCAACCUCUGACUUUUGUUGAUUCUUCUCUCUCUGGUCAAUUAUUUCUUUCAUGUUUCUUUGUUGGGUUUGUUCCCUUUUCUUCAAUCAAAAGGGUCUGCUUUGUCUCUUUCCCAGGGAAAUAACUUCAAUGGCAAUGGCGGUACUAGGCAACAGAGUACCUGGAAAAGUGGUGUGCUGACACCAACACUCUGUAGAUUGCAGCAAGGAAAAAUAGAUUUGCAGAGCUCAAGGACAAUUAUGGGGCACUAGAGCUUGCCCUGGAAAUCAAUACGAGUUCGAAUCAGAAAAUGUUGCCAGCUGCAUGUUCUAUUUGCUCUAUAGACUAUAUACUCAAGGAUCCUUACAGAAAUAUUGAUGAUGGUUUGUUCAACUUGGAUUCUCUCUUCUUUGGAUGCCUCUUUUUUUUUAAUUGGAUAAGAUGAUCUCAUUAUAAUAAUUGGAUAGUGAAUGAGAUACAAAAGCAACAACACAAGGCAAAACAUACCUCUUUAUUUGCUUUGUUAAAGUUCUUAGUCUUGCUGUGACUCUCAUUGAUGCAUUCCUUAUUGUCCAUUCGUUUGUGGGGAAGAAACUCUAGCGGAUUGGAGUUUAUGUUAUGUUGAACCGAACUGUAACCUUAAGUAGUAGAUAUAUGUUAUGUUUCAUUUCUCACCUCACCAUUUUUCAGUGAAUUUAAAUACUACAUAAUGAAUGCAGGUUCUUUCCUCAGAAUUCCGUUCCGGGUUCUUCCAUCAGAAGUCCUUCAAUACAUCCCUCUUUACUACUUUUUUCUUUGAGGUCACUCUUGAAGUCCCCCUUUAUUCUUCAAUAAGGGGCUGGUAGGAUAGACCAGGCUCUUAUUAUUAUGGUUAUAAUGAUUCCUUACUAAAUAGCACUGUUUAAAAAAAAAAUUCCAAAAAUAGCAACCAAGCAUACCAAGGUGUAGAUAAUCACUCCAUGUUCAAUACAAGCCAUUAAACUUGAAUUUCCAUUGA